AUGGACAAUGAUCAACUUAAACAUACAGAACAUAGGGGUUUGAUGGAAAAUAAUGUUGAAGAGGAGUUGAAUGAAAGUCAGUACCUGACUUUUUUAAAAAGUUUGAAUGAUGAUACACUCAUCUCUCAUAUCAAUGCCAUCACUCAAUCUCAAUCUCAAUCUCAAUCUCAAUCUCAAGAUCAAUCUCAAUCUCAAGAUCAAUCUCAAGAUCGCAAAGAAGUCUCUUUUCAGGAGGCUUCAACACCGAAAAUGGUGGGUGGGGCUAUGCUUAGCUCUGCGAGUUCUGACCCGUUCAACGAUGGUUUGGACGAUGAUGUAUUGAAGUUGGCUGCUGAUCUGCAGAAAAGCCACAGUCGUGAAGAAUGUUUGGGCAAAGAUUACCACCAAAUCGCAUCUACUUCUGACCAGGAGGAGCUCGAUAACCCAGGUCUUGUGACUGAUGGUGACGAAGAGUCAUCAGAAAGCGAUAAAGAUGAAAGCGCUAUUGGGAAACUUCAUGAAUUUGGUGAUUAUCGCACAUAUUUUGAUUCCAAACGGAUGAAACAACAAAGACAAGAUGAAGCUUAUGUCAGGUGGGAUCGCGAAAGAAGAAACCUUCAAAAUCAAUCACUGCAGCCACUGCCAAUCUUCUCUGGGUGUACAAUUUUCGUAAAUGGACAUACUAAACCCUCAAUUAAUGAGAUACAUCGGUUGGUUAUCCUUCAUGGUGGCAAGUUCCUAAGCUAUUUGUCCAAAAAAUCAAGUGCCACUCAUAUAGUUUGUGACCGUUUGACACCUCGUAAAAAUUUGAUGUUUAAAAAUUGCCGAGUGGUGAAAGCACAGUGGAUUGUCGAUAGUGUUGAGGCGAACCACCUUUUGGAUUGGCAACAAUAUCGGCUAAUACUGGAUGUUGCGUAUGAUCAAAAGCGACUCGAAUUUCAACUGAAGAUUGCCGGGGAAGUGGAUGCCGGGGAAGUGGAUGCUGGGGAAGUGGAUGCUGGGGAAGUGGAUGCCGGGGAAGUGGAUGCCGGGGAAGUGGAUGCCGGGGAAGUGGAUGCCGAGGAAGUGGAUGCUGGGGUUGAACAUGAGGGUCGCAAGGACAAUGCGUUGCCAAAUGAAGGUAUAUUGGAAGAAGAGUUGGGAGAAGAGGAUGAUUUUGCAUCUACAUUAUUACCUGAAGAGGAAGAUUUGUUGCAAAUGCUGCAACAACAAGAACAGGAAGAGGAAGUAGGUCAUGCGAAACAAGACGGCGUGGGUGACGAUAUUCCUGAGUUUGGAAAUGUUCCCUCCUCCACUUCAACUAAAGGUGUGCACAAGGUGAGGGGGAAAACUGUAUUGGAUGCAAGACACCCAGAAUUUUUGGCUGGUUUUUUCGCAAAUUCAAGAUUGCACCGUUUGAGUACGUGGAAAGCUGAUUUGAGGUUGAAAUUUAUGAAAAGAAUCAUCAAAGAAAAUCUUCAUAAGCCAUCGCAAGAUCCAUUUCGUGCAAGUACAUUUACAUCAAAGGUAAUUAUGCAUAUAGACUUUGACUGUUUUUUCGCCACGGCAUCCUGUUUGAAGCAUCCGAAUUUGGAUAUCAACAGAGAUCCAAUAGCUGUGGGACAUGGAGGAAAUACUUCUGAUGUUGCCAGUUGUAAUUACAUUGCAAGAAGAUUUGGUGUUAGAAAUGGGAUGUGGUUGAGACUGGCUCAAAGAUUGUGUCCCAACUUGGUAUUGCUAGACUACGAGUUUGAGGCAUACGAAAAGUACUCGAGCGAGUUUUACAACUACCUCGUGAGCAGCAACUACUUUGACUCCAUAUAUCCUGUAUCUAUUGACGAAGUUCUAGUUGAUGCCACUUCUUACUGCAACAAAUCAGAAAGAGGAAUUGAAGAAGCAGUGAAAGAACUUAGCACUUUAAUCAGAAAGCAUGUUUUUCAAUUAACCAAUUGUACAGUUAGUGUUGGGCUGGCUUCCAAUGUUUUACUUGCAAAGUUGGCACUAAAAAGGGCUAAACCAGAUGGACAAUUUUUUUUAUUUGACGACACGGACGAAUUUUUGCAAACUGUGCUUGUGAAAGACUUACCCGGGUUUGGUGGUGGAAUAUUGGAAAAAUUGGAAUCAGAACUUGAAAUAUCGUUGCCGGAGAUCAAAGACGUUUUGUCAAUGUCGAAAACUCGAUUGAUGCAGCUUCUAGGUGAAAAGACUGGCGCUAAGUUGUACGAGUAUGCUCGAGGUAUUGAUCAGACCAGCAUAGAAAUUGAUACUUCAAAUCCCGAGAUCGUUUUGGGAAGAAAAUCCAUAUCGGUUGAUGUCAAUUUCGGUAUUCGGUUUGACACAGUUGGGGAAUUGGAUGACUUUUUCAUGAGGUUGGCACGGGAAUUGUAUACUCGAAUGGUUAAUUUGGGUGUAUGUGGAUCAACCUUAACCUUGAAACUAGCAAAACGAAGACCAGGUGCGAGUAUUGUGACAGCUAAAUUCCUAGGUUUAGGGGAGGUUGACUUUGUCAACAAGUCUUCAAGACUUGGGAUGGCGACUAAUGAUUGGGGUGUCAUUGGAAGUGAAAUAAAAGUCUUGUACAGAAUGCUCAAUAUACCUGUAAAGGAUUUGCGAGGCAUUUCAGUCAGCAUGACCAAAUUGAAAGACGCUGAGUCUGUAAAGACCUCGAAACAGAUGAAGUUACCAUUUGGAGCGAAUGAUCAGGCCCUCAGUACACGCAAAGAGUUGGCGAACCAUGUCAGUGCAAGAAAGGACGUUUUCAAAACUCCGACAAAAGCAGUCAAGUUGAAAGCGAAUGCCACUGUGGCAACGCAAUCAUUCAGUCCUCAUCGCGGGAGCAAUACUUCUAAAAGUACUUUAGAUCCUCUUGCAGGUGGACAGCAAAUAGAUUGGGAAGUCUUUGAGUCAUUGCCCUUGGACAUUCGUCGUGAAUUAGAAGGUGAGUUGAGACGAAGGGGAAUUUUGAAAAAUCGAAGCCCAGUUAAAGGAAAGUCGUAUUUGCAGCAGUUAAUUCCAACCCAAGGAGGUACUGCGAAAUAUGUUCGCGUGAUUGAGUCCCCCACUAAAUCACCACCAAAGAGAAAAUCCACACCCACUGCAUCACCGGCAAAGAAACGAAAAGUAGAGCCAGUCUACGAUGAAUCGCAAUCGUAUGAUUCGUCAUUGCUAAAUCAAUUGCCAUCUUCUAUCAAGGCUGAUGUCCUCAAGGAUAUGGAGUAUAAGCAAAAGAUUAAAAGGUUUGACCUAGUUCCCAUGAGAGAAAAAGUGACUCGAAAGAUUGAAGAGGCAAAGGUCGGUGUUCAUGAGGUGACUCCAGAAUGGAUACAGCAACAACCGAAGUUGUUUGAUUUGCCGACGUUCUUGGAUGAGCAAGUCACCGGGUUUGAGUUGCGGAAAAAGGUCAAAGACUGGGUCAAUACUUCUUUGAACCAGGGAGGUCCUCAUGAAGACGACGUGGUUUACUUUGGGACAUAUUUGCAAGCCUUAUUAAAAUGUGGACUUGCUGGCAAAGCUGCUAUGCUAGUUCGUGAUGUUAUGAAUCUGUUGACGUACCACAAGACUCUACAUAAGUGUGUUGAUGAGAGUGGAGAUAUUGAUAAUCAACUUAUGUAUUUUGUGAUUGGUCUUGAUGAUUGGGACAGGCAAAUUGAGACUGUUUUGAAGCCAAUAGUGGAGAAGCAUUAUAGGGAGAAUCACCUAGUUUUAGACUGGUGA